UCCGAAUCGUGGUUCUUAUCCGGUUCUUCAAACACCGGCCCAAACGGGAGUGUGUUUUUGCCGCCUGGUCUUCAAUCUCUUUCUUCUCUGUGUUGUCGUUAUCCUUCACGCCCUCUCCUCAAGAGCUGAAAGGAAGGAGAAACCCAACUCACAACCCAUUUUCUCGCUCUACAAUCAUCAAUGGAGGUCGGGACCUCCAUUACGCAGACCUCAACCCUCUCAACUCCAUUGUUCUCUAACCUCCCAAAACCUCAUCUUAACAGUCAAACAACUACUUCUCUUCUCGUUGCUUCCACUUUUUCUGUAAAAGCGAAACUCUCUCUGAGAGCAAAAUCUGUCAAGCUCAUUCAUAGAAACUCUAGGUUUCUCUCCCCUCUGGUUAUUCAAUGCUCAAGCUCCGACGGAGUGCAGUCUAAGGAAAACCUUCGAGCCAAAACCUCAGGGAAUCUCUUCGGAGUUGACACCUCUGUGAGUUUCUUGAGAAACAGGGUUUUUCCAAGGAUUUUGCACACAAACCCUUUGGAAAUAUGCAAAUGGGUGGGAAUAGUUUGUAUUGCUCUCUCAGCUACAAAGAACACGGUCAGGGUUUUGACAAACCCUUUCUUUUGGAUGUAUUUUAGCUGGACAUGGCUCCUCUGGCCCUGGUUUUUGGCAUUGUUCUUGGGUUUUUUAGGUAUCUUCUCCGCAUAUCGCCAUUACAAAGGGAAAGCUGGUAUCCUUGAGCAAUUAGCUAUUGUUACAUCGACCUUUGCCUGGUUAACCCUGGUUCCAGCCGCCCACUUUAAUGGUUUCCUUGAAGGUUGGCCUAUAGCCUUCUUCUUUGUCUACCAUUACUUCUUCUUCUUUAAUGUUAGCGUGAGAAAGAGGCUCUAUGGGGAUUACUAUCUUCGGCCCCACAACCCCAAAUGGGACGUAAGAUUGCCAAUUUUUGCUCGAUCACUGUUUUCCUUGGCAAUUCUUGUUGGUCACUGGUUUGCUGCUUUUGAAGGCCCCCCACUUCAUCAAAUUCCUGGUGGUUUGAGCAAUUUUGUUUUGUGGGGUUUGAUCCUGUUGACUCUGUUUAUGCAGUACCAUGCUACUCUUUACCUUUCAAAUUACUCUGAGAAAGUUGCAGUUCCGAUGUGCGUGGUUCAAUUUGGACCUUAUCGAUGGGUUCGCCACCCCAUUUAUGCGUCAAUGAUGCUUAUGUUUGCUACCUAUUGUGCUGCCCUUCGAGCUCCUCUGAGCUUGCUUUUCGUUGUGAUUGUGUGUAUUUUGUAUUAUGAUCAAAAGGCUAAAUUGGAGGAAGACUUGAUGUUGAAGGAGUUUGGGGACAGUUAUGCUGAAUACAAGAGUAAAGUCAGGCAGAAGUUUAUUCCUCUUGUCUACUGAUCGAAGAUUUUGUGAUCUAAAGAGAGCAUCGAUCAUGGUGAAUCGUGCUUUAACUCUAUUUUAUCAAGUUUUGUGCAAAUUUUAGUAAAAUUCUGUUUUUUCUCUUCCAGAGUGUUGCUUGUGAUUCGGUAGCAAUUUCAUCUUUCCAUUCUUUGUUUAAUUCUAUUGUGCAAUUGUUACGAAUUGAGUCUGUGGGGGUGUGAUUUGGUGAGCUUUCAUGAGAUCUGAUGGUGGAUUAUUUUGAAAUUCCUGAUGUUCCCUUUUCUAGAUUUGAUGCCAUUCAGCAAACCCAGAUACUGAAAUCUAGUUUAAUGUAUCUUGACCUAUUGCUACUGGUCAUUGGGCUAACUCCAAGUUUGAGGACAAGCAAUUGUGAUAGCUUAGAGUACUGUUAUGUUUGAGAAGAUUCCUCAUUUCAAUACAUUAAAAUUUUUCUUGA